AGACGCGGUAUCACCUACCUCUAUCCUUCCUCAGAGACUAGCAAAAGCUGUAGACCAUACAUCGCACUGACUGCCGGGAGCUCGAAGUGAAGCGCCAUCGAGACGUUGUGCAGAGGUGCAUGGGGGAGUUCCGAAUCAGAAGCAUUCCAACCAUAUCAUCGACACGGUCAUCAGCAACACCCCCUCUACCUAGAAGUCACCUUCAAUACCUCGCAGAUGACGGCUGUUGCAAAUCCACCGAGCUUCCAACAGACUAGCAGGUCAGCAUGGAGUGCUAAUGUCAGUCAAGGAGGAUUGAAUUCUAUGAAUGCCGACGAAGUCGCCCGAAUGUUCAUGCCUCGGAAAAGCGCACAACGCGCCAACUCUUCUUCGUCCAUAGCUUCAACAUCAUCCACAUCGUCGACCGCUACAAUAUCACCGCAAGUCAAUGGUGUGCCUAUGGCGGCGUCCGGCGAUCUAAGCCAAGCUUGGGGGACCGCUGCAGCAAGGAAGAAGACACAAAGGAUAGGUCCCUGGCCGGCAAGCAAAGCAGAAGCGGUGUCCGGAAUCACUACAACACGGCCACAAUCAAUGUUGACAACAAAUGGUGGAUCUACCCCUUCAUCACUGGCCUCGGCUCAACCCGCGCCUGUUGUACCCUCGCAACAUCUCCUUCAAAGUCCAUCACAACAAAUGAACGGUAGCCGACCAGCUGCGCAGCCUGUUGGAGAGGGGAAUCCUGUACUAUAUCUCUUGUCCAUGAAUGGAACCUUCGAAAGGAAAACGAUAUCGGUGCCUUUCUAUCCUGAUAGCUUGAGAAUAGGACGGCAGACAAAUGCGAAAACAGUACCUACACCUGCAAAUGGGUUUUUCGACUCCAAAGUCUUGUCCAGACAGCAUGCGGAGAUAUGGGCCGAUCGACAAGGCAAGGUCUGGAUACGAGAUGUCAAGUCUUCCAAUGGUACUUUUGUCAACGGUUCUCGAUUAUCAGCCGAAAACAGAGACUCUGAACCCCAUGAGCUGCAAACUCAAGACCAUUUGGAGCUGGGAAUCGACAUCGUCAGCGAGGAUCAGAAGACUGUGGUACAUCACAAAGUUGCAGCCAAAGUCGAGCAUGCAGGAUUUCUAGGAUCGUCUAAUAAUGUGUUAGAGAUGAAUUUUGGUGAUCUGGACCCAGCAAAUGGGGCAAUGAUGUUACCAUCACAAGGGCCUAUGCAGAUGCGGGGGAGGUCCAGUAGCCAAGGUUCAGUUGGAAGCAAUGGUCGGCUUGGACCUCCUGCCAGCGUGGCCGGCAGCCAAAUGAGUGGGAUAAGCCAACAGAGGCCGAUGAAUUUCUGGUUAACACCAGUCACGACAGAGCAGAUCGUCAAACGACUUACGAAUGAAAUGAGAGCUGCACGUUUACAGACGAACGAUCUAGGCCGAGCAGAUGUCUUCUUCGGUUCCUUGUUGUCCAAGGAUGAUAUUAGAGAGAAUGAAAAGUCAACGGGUGAACAGGGCAAGGGUGCAAUGGUCAAUGGUGGUUCUCUGCCAUUUCGGACGGAUUCGAAACCUCGAUUCUCAGAUCCUCCAGCACCACCUCCUCAACAACCGCUCCCAGAGAAGCCAGAUGUUGCACGAUCCCAUGCGUUCGAACCAUCCUCUCCUUCGUUGAAGCGGUCGAAUACCGAGCGUCCAAAGUCUGUUCCAGCCGUGUCUCCUGUUCGACAAGAACCCACGAGUCAGAUCAUCACACUCGUAGAAGCUUUAGCAUCCGCCAAGAAAGAGAUAGAUGUACAAGGAGCGCGAUUACGAGAUCUGGAAGAGAUGCUUCAGAAAGAAAGGCAUGCACGAGAAAUGGCAGAAGAGCUGGCUAAGCGUUUAGAACUUCAAACAGAAGCAAAGACGAACGGAGAAGCAAAGGGGGACACUGAAGGCUCGGUCAUAGAGGAGGCUUUUGAACCACCCACAGAAUCUGCUGAGUUGCCCGAGCAGCCUGCAUCCGGGACAAGCUCGAAGGAUGUUGUAGACCCAACAGUGAUCAGUGAAUCGACCACUCUCUUGGAGAAGAAGCUCGAAUCGAUGUUGGUGGAGAUGCAAGGGCUACGCGACGAUAUGGAGUCGUUUAAACGACGAGCCGAGACAGCCGAGACGGAAAGAGACGCUGACCGAAAGUCCUUGGCCGAAAUGGUGGAGAAAAUUCGAUCUGAGGAGUCUGCAAGACGGUCAUCAUCAACUGAACGAGCUCGUUUGCCUUCUGCAACAGAACUCAAAGCACUUUCCGUCAAUGGGGUGACCGACGCACUGAAAGUUGUCGUUAAUUCGGCAAAGGAAGGUCUGUCCAACGGAAGUGCUACUAUCUCUGCCGAUGGUAAUCAGGAGCCGGGUCAAUCAGCUGUUGGCACCCUUGCCAGACCUCCUGGUAGUCGCGAUCUUGUGCUUUACAAUACCUCACCUUAUGCUUCAAUGCUUGGCGUUGUUCUUAUCGGGAUGGGUUUAAUGGCGUAUCUGAAUGGGUGGCAACCACCAAAGGUUGACCGGUAGACUGUUGGGCAAAGCAUCCGUUCUUGAUAUACACGCGCGAAGGCCAUGGAGGCUGCACAUAAUCUCCUUUGUUCUUUCCUUUUUACGAUGUAGCUGUGCAUGGGGCGUUCUGGCGGGCGAUGCUGUGUGCUAUGCAUACCGGUUGGGUUUCGGGACUAGCAUAUUGAUCACUCGGUCGUCCCUUUUCUUUUCUCCGGCGGUACGAGUGACGAUGAGACGCGACGAGGCUGCAUCAGAAAUCUUCUUGAGUACGCUUGAGUAGAUACAUUCGUGUUAAAUUAUGUUUCUAUGGAAUGGAUGGAUUCAAACUUGCUGCUCA